CCCCCGAGCUUUAGGGUUUUAGGGAGAUUUCUAGGGCGUAAUGUUCCGCGCCUUGCUCUCGACGGUGUUGCGCUCCUCCUCCACCUCCUCGUCCUCCUCCUUAGGCCAGCAUUGCUGCAAAUGGAUCCAAUCCAGGCACAUUGUCGCUGCGACGCGAGGAGAAAUGAGAGAUGUAGUGCUGCCAGUCACGAAUUGGGAGCAAGAGGACAAAGGGACUGUGACGAUCGCUGGAGACAUUUUCGACGUUCCAAUACGCAAAGAUAUCGUUCAUCAUGUCGUCAAGUGGCAGAGAGCUAAGAGACGUAAGGGAACCCAUAGUACGAAGACUAGAGGCGAAGUAGCGGGCUCAACGAGGAAGAUACACAAGCAAAAAGGGACAGGAAAAGCUCGGCAUGGUAGCAGGCGAGCACCUCAAUUUAGAGGUGGAGGAGUGGCACACGGUCCCAAGCCGAGAAGCUACGAGUACAAACUCAACAAGAAAGUCCGAAGGCUCGGAUUGAAAAUCGCUCUGUCCGCACGGGUGGCUGAGCGCAAGCUGAUGCUAUUCGACAAUGUUGAUCUUCCAACUCACAAAACGCGACAGCUCAUGAAGCUCGUUCCAAACUUGGGCUGCCGGAGAGUGCUGAUUGUGGAUGGUGUGGAGAAGAUGGGGCGAGAGAUCACGCUCGCUUGCCGAAAUGUCAAGGAAGUUAACGUCAUCCCAGCAAAGGGAUUGAACGUUUACAGCAUUUUAUUGCACGACACUCUGGUGAUGUCCGUGGCAGCGGUGAGGGAAAUCGAAGACCGUCUUCACACACCCAUCAACAGAUAGUACUGGCAAAUUGUUUAUUUUUACUUUUGAACUUGUACAUUAAUGCAGAUCCCAGGUCUUGCCAUCUUCUAA